CGCGGAAAGUCUGAUGUUACACGAAAUUUGAUUGGCUCCACAAACUAUCGAGCCAAUCAAACUUCGUGUAACAUCAUACUUUCCGCGUGAUGCUAUAUGCAAAAGGUCUACAUUACGAGAUUGCCGUGUAAAGGAAAGUGCACAAAGAAUGCAAUGCCCUCAGUUACAAUAACAACUGUCUCCAUAUUUCAGUGGCCGUGGCGGUUUCACUUUCAAAUGUUCAUCUUAUUGUAGUGUUGGAUAUUGGACAUGAGAAACUAAAUUAUGUUUCUCAUUUCACGGCGCUUAUUGCAUAAUUUUAAUUUAUUAUUUUAGACUAAAGAUAUAUUAUAGCUUCAAUUUUGAACAGUCAUUUAAUGCUGGGAAUAAUUUUAAAAAGUAAGGUGGAUUGUUUUGUUUCAAAAAUGUUCGAAGUUUCCACAUUCAUACUUAUUGUUGAUUGGAUUGACAGCAUAAUCAAUAUUCUCUAGCAAUAAUUUGGACAUUUGGCCAUUGUUCUGGCCUCUCCUUUCGGCAGUCCUUUUCAGCAGAAGAAGCAGCUGUAAGUGACAACCUCCCAAGCCAAGGCUUUUCUACAUACGCUUUACGGCCCAAUGACAGCCAACGACUUGCUGUAAAAUAUAUAGUUCUAUGUAUAUACAUAGGCUGCAGCCUAAAGAAUUAAGGGGGAGGGCAAGUUAUACCAGCAAAAAUUAUCUGACGCACGAAUACAAAUUCACUGACAUAUCACUGAUUUCAAGCAAAAUUACACAAGUUUUCGUAGAAUUUGAAAAUUAUCUAGAAUAUUAUGGUUGCGAUUGCGAAUGCUGCUCGGUAGCGAGAGAAAACGAAAUCAGUCGUGGGGGCUAUUCUCGUAGGGUACAAAUACCGUGUCACAGACCGUGAAGUCAGUUUAUUCAGUUCACAAAUUUCAAAUUUGAAAUGUUUUAUGCAAAUGUUUGGUUUAAAUUUGAAAGAAAGUUGCGAAGUCACAUCAAGUAUAUGUAUCAAGAAAUAAUAGAAAUAUGCCAUCAAGGGUAAAAAGAGUACGGUUUGAAACAGAAUAUAAUUCAAGUUUUAAAGCAUUUGAUCCAGAUGUUUACAAGUCACCAUUGAUUGCUGCUCUUAUUGAUGAACCAAUAACCACUGAUCUUGACAAAACAAAAACAGCAGCUGGCUUGAAGUCAAAUAAAUUCUUGAAGUCAUCAGAACCACCACUUCAAAGAAAGUCUAAGUCUGGCAUUGCUCAUGACAGAACGUCUGAGACUGUACAGAACACCAACAAAAGACAAAAUUUGGCAACAAACAAAGAAUCUGCUGAAAUUAAUGACAAUUUAACAAAGAAAAACAGGGCACUGGAAUAUAAGGCGGGUUUAAAACCUGAUUAUUCCUUGGAAAAGACCAAGUUCCCAAUAUCUGAAUAUCAGAGAGAAUAUGAAAGGAAGAAGUUUGCAGUUGGUGACACACCUCUACUCAAUGCUGAGAAAAUUGUAUUCGAUUCACACACAAACAUUCCUAGAUUUGUAAGAGAUAAAGUACCACGUAGGACUGAGUACCAGAGCAAGUUUGCAGAAACUCAUCAUGGAGCUCGACAGAAACAAAAAAAAGGAAAGAGUGAGGAAAAUCCUCCAAGCGCCGUAAAAAGAUUGCUACAAACGUCUCAUAACCCAGAUCCUCCAUUUUUCCCUCAUGGAUCAUCCAACAGAGUGAUCCAUACUGAAUACCAGGCAAACUUUGGUUCUCCCAAGAAAUUUCAAUAUGAAGAAGGAAUCUGGUUAGGUGCAAAACCUCCACAUUUGCUUCCAGAUUACCAGUCGACUACUGAAUCGAAUGAGCAUAUCAACAAUUGGUUUGAAGAGGUUCUUGAGCUGAGGGAAAAAGCGAGACAUUACAAAGUUCGAGCUAUUGAAGGAAAUUAUUUUUCUCGUGAAUUUCUUGCCCAACUUGACUCUGAACUGGAACAACUUUAUGAAAAACGACGUGAGACCAUUCACGCUAAAAAGAAGGUUAAGAAACCAGGACAUGACGAUGCAAUAUUGCAAUCAUCCAGUGAGUCGAAAAGCUCUGAGAAUACACCACCAAGAGAUUCUUCAGAGAAGCUGGGAGAUCCCCGUGUAAAUGAUGAAAGUGAGGAGUGUAGCGAGAAUAUUGAAGAUGGAAAGCAAGUUUACCGAGAUUUAAAUGAACAAUUUAAAAAUGUGUCUCUGGAUAGUGAGGCAAGUCAUGAUUCAGAACACGAUUCAGUUCUUAGUGGCAACGAGCAGGAUGCGUGCGAAAAACGCACAAGACAAUCUAGAACUAUCAGUCCAAAGCAAUCGCCAAAUAAGAGGUCCAACAGCAACAAGACCCAAAGGAAAGCAUUAUUUACUAAGACAAUGCGUCUCCCCAAACAUCAUGACAUGAAAAGAGAUAAGCCAUUGAUGCAUGACAAGUCAAACCAAACCAAGCAUGUCGAAUCAAAGCCAUUACCAGGCAAGACUGUUGACCACAAACAUUUGCCCACAUCGCACGGAGCUGUGAAAUCAUCACAAGCCAUGAGAAGAAGAGAAAGAACAUUAUUCCAGGAUGAUUCUCAAAGUGUUUCAGAGAAUAGUGGCACUCUUGCGAAGCCCGUGACCAAAGCAUUGCCUAGCCAGACUGAUAACCAGAUACCAUUGUCAACAUUCCACCCAAGAACAAAAGGAGGUCGUACUAACAGUAGCAGAGGAGAUGGGGCAAUAUUGCGCAAUAUAUCAAGUGGCAGCGACGCCAGUUCUGAGCUGAGUGAAGACCGUGAUGGCAAUGGCUGGCCGGAGGACAGUUAUCAAAGUCCGGAUAGAUUUAACAUUAAAUAUGUUAAGGGUAUGCAUAGCAAUGAUAAAGAAGCGCCAAGCACCUCUGUUCGCAGUACCUGUGGCAGCGAAUCGUUGAAUAAGAGUGGGUACAACAGUGAUUCAUAUUUAUCGCAGUUUUCUUUAGCGAGUCAAGAGUCUGUCGCACGACAAACGUUAGUUCAUGCCAAGCAAAGAAAAGAUAAUUUCUGGUAACUUUGAUCACCUUAAUUGUGCUCAGUGGCGUAACGAGAGCGAUAAUUUGAAG